AUGGUUCGAGUGCAGAACCUCACGGCUGAGGUCCUACUGAGGGACCCGAGGCGUGGUCCGGCCGUUCCAAAUAGAAGCGGGACGCAUGCUCUCUAUACAACUUCGACACAUGUUCUCGGCGGCAAGACAAGACAGGACUUCCGCAUCCUCGACAUCGAAACUGGGAAAUCGACGCUACUUUCGAGCGAUCCCCGUGUCCACGAUGCUCUCUGGAUUCCCUCUGCGAAGCUCGAUAUCAUCUAUCUGCAGUCCGGGGAAAAUGGUCGAACCCAGGUGCUGAUAGCAUCAGCAGCAGAUGCAUCUGCCGAGCACUAUCUGGCAGCAGAAAUCGAUGCCCCAGUGUCGAACCUGAAGCUGAGAGCGUUGGACAAUGGCAGCGUCGCAUUCGUAGUCACUGCUCUUGUUGGCGAGUCCGGCUUGUACAACCAAGAGGCCGCCCAGAAAGGAUCAACAGCGAGAUGGAAUGCCUCAUGUAGGCCCAACAGAUGCAGCCUCUGGUAUAACGAGCUCGCCCUUCGCAACGGCCGCUGGGAGCUUCAAGGAGAGAUCUUCAACUUGGUUGACGACAUAGAUCUGGAAGCUCCAUCUCGCACCUAUACCGACGCGCCUUGCAACGACUUUGACAUCUGCCGGAAUGGAAUUGCCUUUGUCUCGCGGAAUUUGAGGGAGCGUGGGCCAGAUGGAAGCCCGGCCAUGUCCGUCUACUUCGUACGCCUGGAUUCCUUUUCUAUGCCACCAGAUGGCAUGCCCAGACAGAUAUUCAUACCCACUUCCUCCGAGCCCGCCUCCAUCACGAAUGUGCGAUUCACGCCGGAUUCUUCGAGCAUUGGCUUCCUCUACACAGCCCAUGACGACCCCUACAACACUCGGCUAUUUCUGGCUUCCGUUCACUCGCUCGACGCCUUUGACGUCUUCAGCCUCGUGACCAGUGUCGAUGACGAAGAGGACAACCCGCCAAGGGCCUUCGAGUUUGCCGGUAGCUCUGAUUCGGUGAUUCUACAAAGCCACCAGCUGGGUCACCAGACCCUUUCCCGUCUCAUGCUGUAUGACGGGGCCAAGCCGCAGACGUUCUUCACGGGCAGCAGCUGUAGUGCCUUCUAUCCCUUGAGGGAGGGAGAUUGGAGUGUUCUUCUGGCCACGUCGUCCAGUUUUGUCGACAGCAGCCUGUGGCAGAUUGUGGAUGUUUCGGAGGCCAAUAUCGUACGAACCAUAUCAUCUGCGACCAAGAGCGGCGCCAAGUUUGACCUUUCAUUCAAUAUGGUGACAGAGCUUUGGUACGAGGGCGCAAACGGCUACUUUGUUCAUUGCUGGAUGAUACGACCGCGUGAUUUCGACGAGAGCAAAAAGUAUCCUUGGGUCUUGGUACCACACGGCAGCCCAGGCAUGGCUUGGAACAACGAAUGGUCGACAACGGCAAGUGUAAACGCAUCACUGACGAUGGUGAUUCCCCCGCUGGUGUGUUUCCAGAGGGGAGACAAGCCUUUCCAGGACCUCCUCAGCUUGAUUACGUACUUGGAGGGGGUGCCUUAUCUCGACGAGUCCAAGGCUACUGUGUUGGGAAGCAGUAGUGCUGCAUAUCUGUUGAACAAGCUACUAGGACACGAUGUCGCCAAAAAGUUCUGCUGCGCAGUAUAUCAGAGCGGAACAAUCGAUCCUCCCGUGCCUCGUUCGCGCAAAGAGCCCGCCUUUGAGAGCUUCGACCAGCUCAACUCAUCGUACCCGCAUAUGGACCUCGAUUCAUACGAGAAUGACAUGGCUCGAUCGACCUUCUUUCACGGCUGGAACAACGCGCCACCAACCCUCAUCAUACACGGGGAGAAGGACAAACAAUGCUCCAUCACCGAGGCACUGACGGCGUUCAACUCGCUGCAGGCUCAGGGCACUCCUAGUCGGCUCUUGACGUUCCCUGAUGAGGGUCACGUCACGACCAAGCCCGAGAACACGCUGAUGUGGUACGAUGUGGUAUGGGAGUGGGUGAGGAAGUGCACCGAUGGUGAUAUUGAGAGACAAGAUAUUUCUUGA